AUGAUCGGCCUUUCAGAAGCGUCUGACACCAACUUCGACAUGUUCGAGUGGUACCCACGCUAUCAAAGUUGUCAACGAUACUUCCUCGACCAGGCACAGCACAGCGUGGCCGUCCAGGCCCUAUCAGCUUUUCUAAACAUCCAGCUACCCUUUCAGCGGCCGGUGAAUCCCAUUUUCAACUCGACGUCAGAGUCAGCGUCAACGCCAGCAGUUUCCGCAGGACCCAGGGUCGGGACUGGGCCCGCAUCAUCAACAUCGACCGCUCACCCACUACCGAGCAUCUCCUUAUUUCCGUACAUCCGCCGGCUGGUCGCGACGGGGAUGGAUUUCCCGGGGGUGUUGCACGGCUUCUUUGGGGAUGACUGGGGCACCGGGGUUGGCCCGCUGCACGAACAGGAGCGGCGCAAUUACCUGUUCGCGGCGAAGAGCGGCGGUUGGGCGGCCGUCAAGCGCGACUACGACAUGCCGCCGCUGGAGACGAUCCCGUUCCUACGGCCGCUUCAGGGCCCGUUGGACUCGGAAAUCGAGACGGCAGAGCGCAAUUGGAGCGAGUGGCUGGCGAUGGAGGACUGGAUGGUCGGGCCCCGGGCUCCAGACAUACUCCACGACUCAUCGUCGCAGGCGUCGCGGUCGCGCGGUUCCAGGGGGUAG